CGCUUCUUUCCUUUCUUAUCCCCAUGCAUUGACAGUGCAUAAGAAAUAUAAAAGUGUUACUUUAUCAAAUUUAAUUUGUUAAUUCGAAUUUUUUUAAAAUGGCAAUUUGUGUGAAAAAUAUUGCCAAGACCAGUUUUAACUUGUUGAGCAAAAAUGUCUUCAAACAGUUUGCUGUUGUCGCAACAAGACAAUUAUAUGCUCCACACACAAUGGGAAUGAAUGGUUACUUAAAUGCAAGAGACUACGUGAAGUCUCAAUUUUUAAAUGUGGAGAAUUUAUUUUUUGAUAAAAUGAAGGACUUUGUUGAAAAAAAAGAUGAAUCAAUGAUUUUCACAGAAGAUUUGAAGACUAUGUUGCACCUUGUUGAGAAAAAGCCAGAGCAAUUAAAUUUGUUAUUAAAAAUGAUGAAAAAUUAUAAUUCCCAAAAUAACUUGAGGUUUGGUAGUUUUGUAUUUGGUACAGUAGCAAUGAGAGCAUUUUAUCAUCUCAAUGAGCCAGAAUUAGCACUCCAAGCUUUUAAAGAUCCAGAAUUGACCAAUUUCUUUGAUCAAGUAAUGUCUUAUCAAUUACUUCUUGAUAUGCUGUAUAAUCAUGGUAAAUAUGCAGAAUGUAGAGAAGUUUACAAUAUGAUUAAGUCUAGAACAACUCACGGUAUUGUACAUCCUAAAAAUCCAUUUAUUAUUGUAAUUGGUGCCUGUUAUCAAGAGAAUACAGAAGAAAGUUUUAAAUAUGCAUUAGAUUUAUUUAAAGAAACUCAAACAAGAGAUUUUACUACUCCUCGAAGAGCUCUCACAUUUAUGGGAGCUUUAGCUUUAAAACAGAAUAAUCCUACUAUUGCUCUUGAGACUGCAUCAUUAGCUAGGAAUGCAAGAUAUAUUGAUAUUAGAUGUAUUAAAAUUGAAGCUUAUAUAAAAUUGAAACGUAUUGAUGAAAUAAUAGUCUAUUUCCGGUCCUCACUCCAGCAAGAUUUGGCUAACAGGCGUAAACAACUUUAUUUCAAAGACACAAUAAAAAAAGUUGAGCAACUUGUCAAAGAUGAAAAUCUUGACGACAAUUCUGAUCUUGUGAAAUCAUUGGAACAGAUUAAAAUACAUGAUUAUGUACAACAAACAACAUUAGAUGAACAUAUAUCCACUACUAUUGAUUAUGCUAUUGCAAGAGGGGAUGAUAAGCCAUGGGCACGUAGAAAUUUAUUCCAGCAAAAUAAUCAACACAGGGAUAAUGAAUAUGAUAACCAGAGUAGGAUUCAUUCCAAUAGGUAUCCUAAUAGAUCAGGGGAAGAGAAUAUCAGUUAUGACAGAAACAGAAAUUAUAAUAAGUCGAACUCUAGGCCAAGCUUAAAAGAUGUGGCAUAAACACUUCAAAUUCAAGAAACAUUAUCUAAUUAUUAUGUGAUUAUUUGCUCUUUUAUAUAUGCAAAUGUAUUAGUAAAAAGCUGUAGGGACAUAAGACAUUAGAAAUCAAUGACUUCAUUUAUUAAACUUUAUUUCUGUACAACAGUUUUU